UCGGUGACACCGCAGGUGACGAGCAGGGCCUGGGGGACAGACAGCCCGUGGCUGUGGCCGUGCCCUGCGCCUGCAGCAGCCGCAGCGUGACCAAAGGUCACCUGCGCCGCCCCGGCAGUGCGACAGCGACGUGGAUCCGCCGCCGUGCCCGCUGUGCAGAGCUGGUUCCUCCUUUGCCUCCCGCUGGGACAGGAAGCGUGGGGUGAGAUCUGGGGAGCCGAGCCCAGCUCUGCCCCGCCGGGGAGCGGGCUGCCGGGGAGCGGGCUGCUGGCCAGCCCUGCGGCGGGCACCGCCAUGGCCGGGCAGGAGCGGGAUCAGGGCUCGGUGGGGCAGGGGGAAUCUGGCAUCACCCGGACAUUUGCCUCCCUGAAAGCCACCCAGCCCCAAACAGGGAGCCUAGCCCGCAGAUCCCAUCUCUGGCCAGCUGCCACAGGGAGCAGGGAGCGCUUCCAUCCGCUGCAGAAGACAGACACCAAUAGGAGCAUCAGCCAGGGCAGCCAGGGCCCAGGGAGCUGGGGUAGGACAGCAGGCAGGCUCUCCGUCGGCCCCGGCAGUACCCGGAGGAAGGAGCUGAAGGAAAUCCUCCUGCAGAGCAACAGCCCUGGCAGCACCAAGCGGCUUUCCACCACUCAGAAGAUGUUCAACAGCAGCAGUCUCCUUGCAGGGCCACACCAAGAGCAGAAGUCCGAGCAGAGCCCUGAGGUGCUGUCCCUUGCCUUGGAUCCCCUGGAGCACGAGUGGCUGCUGACGGUGGCCCAGGGCGAUGCGGACAACAUCGUCCGGCUGCUGGACUUGGAUCCCAGCCUGCUGACCAGAAAAGACUUUGUGACGGGCUUCACCGCUCUCCACUGGCUUGCCAAGCACGGCCACCAUGAGAGCUUCAUCCAGGUCAUCUCCCACGCCCAGAAGAAGGGCUAUGCAGUCAACGUGAACAUCCCCACGGCCAGCGGCGGGCUCACCCCCUUGCACCUGGCCGCCUUGCAGGGGCACGAGCUGCUCAUCAAAGUGCUGGUGGGAGCUUAUGGGGCAGACACCAGCCGCAGGGACCACAAUGGGCGCAAGGCUUGGCAGUACCUGAGGGCAGACACCCCCAGGGAGCUGAAGGAGCUGGCGGGGGCCUUGGAGGAGGACUUGGUCCAGCUGAGCUCUCACAACACCAACAACAACUGUAAGUCAUCCAGAGAGGCCAGGGCAGGGCAGGACUGUGUGGACUCGGGGGCUGAGGGGAAAGCCCAGCGCUCCUGGGGGCUGUCGACCCUCCGGGACUUUGUCAGACAGACAUUUGCUUUCUUCCAAGAGCGCUGAAGCUCCCCUGGCCCAUUUGCCUGCAAACGUGUGCUGAAUAGCAGGUGGAAGAGCCUGCAGGGAGCUGGGAACUUGGUGAGGGCCAGCCCUCAAAAACCUGGAAAAGUGGGGAUUAACCCCCUGCAUGGGGUCACUGCAGCCACCCUAGGUCUUGCGUGGUGUUUUGAGGCUGUGUCAGUGUGAGUGUGUGUGGCAACCAUGGCCAUCGGGAGCACUGCCUGGGGACAGCCCUUCCAAAAAGCCCCCUGUCCUCGAGGGGGUUUUGCCCCCCGCUCCUGCUGAUGGGCACCCCUUGCUGCAGCCCAGCACAGCCCCACAGUGGGGGCUGGUGUGCCAGCCCUGCUGUGGAGCUGCUUCUCCAACAUGCCGUGCCCACGUGGGGAUGCUGACCCACCACGGGACGUGGUGUCCCACGCUGGGGGUGCAUGAUCGGGCUGCCCGUUGCUGGCUGCUGGCAGAGUUUGUAUGUGGCUGUAGGUGCAUCAGGCAGCAACUCGGUGACUGGGUUCUCCCACCUGUAAAAUGAGGCCACUGGCACUGCCCCGGCUUCCAGCAAUGCUGUGAGGUUGGACUGGUCAUGGCACCUUGGGUGCCUGGAUGGAGUCACUGGCAGAAUAUCAUCAAAGUAUUUCACAAUCAUAUUCUGAGAUGCCAGGGUCCUGGCACUAGGUUGAUGGUGGAGAAGCUUCAGAAACAACCCCCCCCAUCCCGCUUUUUAAUGUCCGCUUUUCUGACAGCAGGGAGAGCGGGUACAGGCAAGCAGACUGUGCCACCGAGCUGGACUUUCCAGCUCCCUGUGAGAUCCAAGGGUCUCCGCCACUUGUGCCGCCUCUGGGCUGUUGUUUGUUUAUGACAGAUAAAGCUGCUUCUCAGUAAAGUAAGAGCCAGAGGAGGCCAGGCCUAAAGAAGUGUUUCAAAGUGGAAGACAAGUCCCCCUAGCAGCACAUCCCUGGGACCCCUGUCCAGGGGAGCCUGAGACGCUCAGCUGUGCUGGGGAUGGGGCUGGAGCAGAGGAGGCAGGAGGGACACCCUAUGGGUGGCAUGCAGUGGCUUCCCUGGGGACAGGAGUCCAGGAGCAGCUCUGGAAAGAUGACUCAUUGCUCGAAAACAUGGAAGAGGUAUGAAGGCUGUGAGAUUAUCUUUGUUGCUGUUGAGGUCAUGCUCAAAAAUGAAACUCUUGAGAAACAUCCUUGCAGCAGCAUAACCGUGCAUAGUACCAGUAAUUUCAUUAAAAGGGCAAAGCCUCU